CUGCGUAGGUGCCUCCUCCUGCUGUAGGAGCCGCGUGGGGCUGGUCGGCCGUCCGGUCGGUGUAGGAGCUGCUGCGAUGCCGAAAGCCAAGGGAAAGAACCGGCGGCAAAAGUACAACUAUAAUGUGGACCGGAAGAAGCUGAAUAGGGCUGCGCACAAGCGCGCGGCACCGCGAAUCAAAUGUUCCCAAAUCCGACAUGCCUGGGAUAGGUCCAAAUCUGUAGCACAGAACUUGGCUGAAAUGGGCCUUGCUGUUGACCCAAACAGGGCUAUUCCUAUUCCAAAGGGAAUACAACAGGUGAUGAAAAUGGAAGUUGAUGGGCAGGAGCCAAAGAAGAAACAUGUGCGGAAGCCAUAUGUCCUAAAUGAGUUGGAAGCUGAAGCCAGCCUCCCAGAAAAGAAGUCAGAGACUCUCUCCAGGGACCUUAUAGACUAUGUUCAACACAUGAUCCGGAACCAUGGUGAAAACUACAAGGCCAUGGCUCGUGAUGAGAAGAACUAUUACCAAGACACACCAAAGCAAAUAAAGAGGAAGAUUAAUGUAUAUAAACGCUUCUAUCCUGAGGAAUACCAGGCAUUCACUGCUUCUUUACAGCAGGAAAAGAUGGAGGAACAAUGACAUUAUUUCCUAAAGAAGUUGGCAGAAGCAGCCACACUUUUAUUGAUAUAGAUGCUGUCUUGCUGUCGAGUGACUGGUGCUCAGGAACUGACAUUUGGCACAUAUAAACUGUUCUUUGAGGCAAAGAUGGCGUAAUGUCUAUGCAGAUAGGAAUAUGGACAAGAGCUCCGGUAGAAAGCCCUUGCUGCAUUCAGCUUCUGUAUUUCCUUUGGUUUUGGAUUGAUCCUAUUCGAAAUAAACUAUUUUCCAACUCUUG